AUGCUCAUUCACUCAGUUCAACACACGAUGGAAAAACUCGGAAAAAUUAAAAACCUCCUUCCAAAGGUCAAGGAACCCUCACCCGAGGUGUACCAAGCUGUUCUUGAAAAGUAUCCCAAAUUCCGGGAAGAAGAGAAGAAACAGACACUGGAAUACAGAGACGAAGUCCACCGAUCGAAGUGGGCCUUCUUUGAUGAGUACGAGUACCGGCAAACUGUGUCGAAAUCAGUCAAACGAUUCGGAUGGUUUGAUCCUGACGACAGUCCUGCUGAACGUCGUCUUAUCAUCAAGUUGGACGUGAUUCUCACCUUCUACUGUUUUGUCAUUUAUUGGAUCAAGUAUCUAGAUCAAUCCAAUAUCAACAAUGCCUAUGUUUCCGGUCUCAAGGAAGAUCUGGGAUUCAAGGGCAAUGACCUGGUCACUACUCAGGCAAUGUACUCCGCAGGAGCCAUCAUCUUCCAGCUACCCUUUCUCUACAUCAUUCCAAAGUUCCCCAACAACUACAUUUUGCCGGUUAUGGACUUUGGUUGGGGUAUCAUGACCCUGUUGCUCUACAAAACGUCCAAUCCCGGUGGAGUCAAGGCCCUCCGAUUUUUCGUAGGAGCCUUCGAGGCUGCCUGGUACCCCCUGAUGCACUACAUGCUCGGAUCCUGGCUCAAGCCAAGGGAAAUCAACCGACGAGCAGGUUUUGUUUACUGUGCUCAGUUCCUGGGGACUACAACCUCGGGUCUCUUGGCAGCAGCCGCAACCACCCAUCUGGAUGGAUAUCUAGGACACAAGGGCUGGCAAUGGCUGUUCAUCCUAGACGGAAUUGUCUCUAUGCCAGUUGGUCUUUUGGGUAUCUGGAUCCUCCCUGGAACUCCUCAUAGAUGUACAUCUCUGUUUCUCACAGACGAAGAGAUUGUAAUUGCCAGAGAACGGCUCAAGAGAGGCCCUAGAGACACCCACCAGCUACAGUUGCUUGACAAACAGCUGUGGAAAAGAAUUCUCACCUCCUGGAAGUUGUGGAUCCCGAUGGCAACAGGUAUUGCCUUUUGGUGCUCCUGCAACAUUCCUUCCAAUGGCGCCUAUCUGCUGUGGCUGCACUCGUUGGGUCGGUACAACUCAGCUCAGGUCAACAACAUGUCCACUAUAGCCCCCGCUCUGGGCAUUGCUUGGGUCGCUAUAGUUGUCACAAUUGCUGACUAUGGUAACCGCUGGAUGGCCAUUGUUUUUGCCGAGCUGUGGGUCAUCAUUGGAGCGGUGAUUCUGGCGGUGUGGUACGUUCCCGAGUCCGCCAAAUGGUUAGCCUGGUGCACGUCGUACUUUGCCCUGAGUAUGUCGGCCUCGCUGUAUUCCUGGAUCAACGACAUUUGCCGUCACAACUCACAAGAACGGGCCAUCAUCUUGCUUCUGGUGAACACCAUCUCUCAGACUUGUCAGACUUGGACUUCGGUGCUGGUGUUCAAGACGGUCGAGUCGCCGCGGUAUCUGAAGGGGUAUUGUUUUUCCGCCGCCUUUUCGUUUCUGUUGAUUUGCAUGGUUUUUAUUCUGCUGUCGUUCUACAAGAGCCAGGAACGAAAAGACGCCAGGUUGAACGGAAUUGUGCUGUACAAUUCUGGUUUGGCUGACACCGCGGAGGCAGAGGGGGGGACCGACACAUCGGAGAGUGAUGAUAAGCUGGCUGUCGGAUCCGAAAGAAAAGAAAAACAUAGAAGUUAA